ACUUCACCAGCCAAUCACACACCCGCACCCGCACUUCAUGGUCGUGACGACACGCCCACGCCGAACUGUCAGCUGCUCAGUUCAAGAUGGCGCUGUCCUGUCGGGGAAUAUGCCGCGGGGCUUCAGUGAUCUUACUGUAUGGAAAACAACCUGUCAGGGUCAAAGCAAGUCUCUGCACUCCUAGAUUGGCUUCCUCAAAACCCAGCAGUCUGUGGUUUGUCAGACACUACUCGCCUUCACAAGCAAGACACGGGAUUGGUCGAAGCAUUGUGUCGAGUCUAAAGUGGGCCAAUGAGAAGUACGAGAGAUUCCUGCAGCGGCGCUUCCCUCGCUUUUUUGUCCUCUAUCAGACUUUCAUGAGAGGCUUCAGACUCCUGUUUGAAGAUGGCAAAGAAGUGCAGAAAAUCGUGUUCCGCAUGAUUAGUGACAAAACAAGCCACGCCAAUUUGCCUUACCGGGAUAUGGAGAAAAUCAGACAGGUCCGCAGGGAUUUGAUCAAAGCCAUUCCCUUGGUCAUCCUGUCAAUACCUCCAUUUGCCAACUAUCUGGUCUUUAUGCUUAUGUACCUUUAUCCUCGGCAGCUUCUCAUCCGGCACUUCUGGACCCCUCAGCAGCUGGUGGAUUUUCAGGUAGCCUAUCAUAACCAGAGGGCACGUCAUCACUGGGCUGUGGUCAAAGGGCUGGAAAGCACAUCAAAUUCUGUCCAAGACACCCGACUGAAAAGACACCUGCUGGAGCUCUGCAGUAAGGUGCGAAGCGGAGUCCAUCCUGUAGUGUCUGAUGUCCAUGCUGUGAGAACAUUGUUCUCUGGACCACCCUUGGGUAUCAAGAAAAUGUAUGCAAAUCAGAUGAGACAUCUCUGUCCUUUGCUCUUCUUGACUCCUCGUCUCCCGGCCUUCUGGAUCAGCGGACGUUUGAACAGUCACGCCUUGGAACUCAUGCAGCUCGAUCGUGCCAUUAUUCGAUUGGGCUUGCACCAGUUAAACGACUCGGAGCUCAGAGAGGCUUGUUUUGUGAGGGGGCUGAAUCCAGAGCGUCUGAGUCCCGGACAGUUACGAGAGUGGCUCACACAGUGGUUGCAGUUCUCAGCACACCUCAGAGAGUCAGAGACUUCGCUCUAUCUGCACUGCAUGGUUCUGCUCACGGUAAACUACCCUAAACAGCAACGGCACUGACCUCCAGAGGAAGCACACCACUU